AGUCGAGCUGAACGUCCGGCCUUGUUGUUGUCACGCGUAGAACGCAGCAGCUUUGCUGUGAAGAUGCGCAUCGAAAAGUGUUAUUUCUGCUCGGGUCCGGUGUACCCAGGACAUGGAGUUAUGUUUGUCCGAAAUGACUGCAAGACAUUCAGGUUCUGCAAAUCAAAAUGCCAUAAGAAUUUCAAGAAGAAGCGUAACCCCAGAAAGACCAGAUGGACCAAAGCAUUCCGAAAGGCAGCUGGAAAGGAAUUGACAGUGGAUAACUCUUUGGAGUUCGAGAAACGCAGAAAUAUUCCUGUUAAAUAUAACCGGGAGAUGUGGGAUAAGACAGUGAAAGCAAUGAAGAAGGUGGAAGAAAUUAAACUGAAACGGCAAGCAAGAUUUAUCAUGAACAGAUUAAAGAAGGGCAAAGAGUUGGAGAAGGAAGAGGCCAUCAAGGAAGUGAAGAAGAAUAUUCACCUCAUCAAAGCGCCACAUGCAGGAAAACCCAAACAAAUGGAAGAGAAAAUGGUGCAGAAAUUACAAGAGGAUGUGGAUAUGGGAGAUGAGGACAUUUAAACGUGUUGGUUUUGUGUGGCAAUUACUUUGACCGAAUUUUCAGUAGACUCUCCUGUGGUUUGGUAACCAGCAUUUCUACAAAAUAAAUGCUUCACGAUGGACUCGCAGUGUAUUCAGUGCUGUACACUCGCUGGUUGCAUUGAUCCACUGAAGACCUCUGCAGAGGCCUCUUAUGUGUGUGUUCAUAUAAUGACUUGCCUGACUGCAGAAAAGACAACGGAUGACAGAAUAAACACUUUUCACUGUAAAAAAAAA